GGCGAGAAACGAGGGUAUCGUUCGUAGUAGUAAACCGUUCCCCGAAGUGAUAGAUGCAUCGGGUGCUGUUGGUAGUCAGUAACAGUAGUAAUAGUAGUAGUGACCGGGUCGAUAUGAUGUAUAUAAAAAGGGGGAUUUCCAAAUGGCCCGUAGUAUACACAAUCUAUUGUGUCUGUGUGUCUGUGUGUGUGCCUGAGUUCAGUUACAACUGUUCGAACAGUUCUUGUCAGCUUAGCCAAAGGUGAACUGCAACGGUCAAGUCCACCACCAUAGAAAAAGAAAAAAUGGGGGUCAGCAAUCCAGUCAAGUAUGUCUUGCGCCUGUCCCUGUUCACCAACAAGCGAACCGAGCAGCAGCAACAACAACAACAACGACAACAUCGACAACAUCACUCCCCCUCCUCCAUCUCCCCCAUCUCCCCCAUCUCCCCCUCCUCUACCUGGAAAGGGAAAGAAAUUGACUUUGACCCGCCCAUCGAGGUUCGCUGGGGCGCAGUACAGUACCCAGAUGACUAUGCAGCAUUGACCGAUGGUCAUGCCCACAUGGCGGUGAGCGCAAUCGACUCGCAUCUGGGCAGCAGCAACAGCAGCAACAGCAGCAGCAGCAGCAACAGCAGUAGCCGCAGCAGGAGCAGCGGUAGCAGUAGUCGGACGGGGUUGGUGCGCAUCGCCAGCUGGGCUAGUCUGGCUGGAGAUCGAUGUCGGUGGACGAUGGAACAGGAACGGAAAUUAGCGAUUGCGAGAAGCGAACUGGCUCGAUGUCAGAAAGCUUGGAGUUCGGAGCAGGAAUUGUGGAUUGCUCAAAUCGAAAAGUUGCACGAGGAGAAAGAAGCCCACGAACAGUUCAUCCACCACCGAGCGAAACAACAGGACGAAGAGCAGCAGCAUUUUCGCAAAUCCUGGAUUCGACGGAAGUCUUACGAAGAGCAGCAACAACAACAGCAGCAGCAGAAACAGGUUGCUCCAACUACGCAGAGGACUAAUAGUCGAUUGCGGCGGAUACGGCGCAUGGGACCAUAGUUAUGUUAGGGUCGUCGGAAGUAUAGUGCCUCGCUAGGCUCAAAAGUAAGUAGAUAGUCUAUGGAGCUUUCGACGUCAUGAUUGGCACCGACGUGAAACGAUAACCAUUUCUG